AAUGCUCUUGAUAAUGGCGGUCUUAGCCCACAGUCGGCAAAUACAAUAGUGGAUGAAGAACUUGCAUUAAAGCCUCAAGACAAUGAACAUCUCUCUACUAACCUUGAACCUGUUUGUGACCCCAACACUACAUCCCUUUCUCAAA